AAGAUAUGGAGCUUUGGGAGCUUGAUGUCGACUUUGGAGACGCGCCCGGGGUGCAUCUACCAGGAAUCAAAGGAAGCCAAAGAGACGCUAUCAAGGGAUACUUAGACUGGGGACGGUUUACAGGAGCUGCGGG